AUGGGUUCGUUCGUGGAUGUACCGAAGCUGGCGUUGUUAGAUGGACGGAAGAUGCCAGCCAUUGGUCUUGGCACCUAUCUAGGGUUUGAUAAGAAUGGUGUAGUUACCUCAAAAAACAAGGAGCUACGUGACGUUGUGAUGGAUGCUAUAGACAUGGGCUACAGGCACUUCGAUACUGCUUCUAUAUAUAAUACUGAAGCUGAAGUAGGAGAGGGUAUUAAUAUGAAGAUAGAUGAGGGCGUUGUGAGGAGGGAAGAUGUGUUUGUUACUACUAAGCUGUGGAACACCCAUCACAAACGAGAGCAGGUAGCUGUAGCCAUGAGGGAAACCCUGAACCAGACUGGCAUGGACUACGUAGAUCUGUACCUGAUGCACUGGCCUAUUGGGCUCAAUGAAGACUACUCUCACUCUGACGUGGACUUCAUGGAGACUUGGCGAGGAAUGGAAGACAUGUACCGACUGGGCUUUGCCAAGUCUCUCGGCGUGUCCAACUUCAAUAAGCAGCAACUGCAAAGAGUGCUCGAUGAGGGGACUGUGAAGCCUGUCGCUUUGCAGGUUGAGGUACACCCCCAAAUAAUACAAGAAGAACUAAUAAACUUCUGCAAAUCAGAAGACAUAGUGGUGAUGGGCUACAGUCCCUUCGGCUCCCUGGUGAUGAGGUACGGCAUGCAGUUCCCAGGACCUAAGAUGGAUGACCCGGUUCUUGUUGACAUAGCUCAGAAGUAUGGCAAGACUACUGCUCAAGUCGUUUUGAGAUGGCUGGUCGACAGAAACGUAGUGCCAAUCCCAAAAUCGGUGAAUCCAAAACGCCUCGCUGAAAACAUCAACAUAUUCGAUUUCCACUUAGAACAACACGAAAUCGAGAAGAUCAAUCAAUUCGAUUCUCAUACUCGAUUCACUCUGCCAUCGUUUUGGCAGUCACAUCCUUAUUAUCCUUUUGAGCAAGUGAAAGAUCCUAUUGCUGAUCCUUUUAGGGGUUAGAAAUUGCUUAAUUUAGGGAAUGGUUCAUAUUGGACGGAACAUGCAUCGUUUAUUUUCGGUCGUGUAACGCCAUCUGACAAAUAUACGAUAUUUAAAACAUUCA